GAAAAAGAUAAAAAAUAAUUAGAUUCUAACAAAAAAUAAAAGUAGUUAAGAAUUAUAUAAAUCAAAUUUAUGAAGUGCCAGAACUCAAUUUGGAAAGCUUGGAAAUGGAAUUGUUUAUUCCGCGAAUAUCAAAUUCCAAAAGGAAAAAUUCAACCAAAAACAAAAUGGGCCAACAGAAUCUCUGAGGUCAAGGCCCAUCUAAACCGAACAAUGUUGACAAAGCUGAAACAAAAAGAAAAAAGCAUAAACAAAAAGUAAAACCCCUUGAUAGGGUUUAAUCUAACACGGAAACCGCAGUGUAAUUAGUUUCAUCAAUGGCGAUUACUGCUUUAACCAGAAAUGCCAAUCUUUUCCGCAACGCCCAUCGCGCAAUCUACUCCCGCAUUCUUGGCCAAUCUCCGCCAUUACCGCCACCGCCAUCUGUGCUUCAGAAUCGAAAACUCUCUCUACUUCCGGUUAUACCUGUAGGUGUAGGAGUCCAUUCCCUCCCUAUUUAUCAAAGAUUUUUAUCCAGUACAACGGCGUCUACUAUUACUUCAGAAUCUUCAUCGGAAUCUGGAAAUGCUGAAUCUGAUGGAACUGAGAACUCUGGUGAUUCACAACAAGGAAAACCUGUGCGCGGCGGGCCUGUUUCAUGGCUGAGUUUUUUGUUCUUGAUGGCUACUGGAAUCGGAAUAGUCUUCUAUUAUGAUAAGGAGAAGAAGCGACAUAUUGAAGAAAUUAACAAAGCUUCUGAGGCUGUAAAAGAAGGACCGUCUGCCGGAAAAGCAGCCAUAGGUGGCCCAUUUAAUCUCAUUAACCAUGACGGAAAGAAUGUAACAGAGAAAGAUUUCAUGGGGAAAUGGACAAUAUUGUAUUUUGGUUUCACUCACUGCCCAGACAUUUGCCCAGAUGAACUGCAAAAGCUAGUUGCCGCAAUUGAUAAAAUAAAGGAGAAGGCCGGGCUUGAAGUUGUGCCUGUUUUCAUCUCAGUCGAUCCUGAGAGGGAUACUGUUGAGCAAGUGCGUGAAUAUGUACAAGAGUUUCAUCCAAAAUUAGUUGGGUUAACUGGCAACCCUGAAGAGAUAAAGAAAGCUGCUCGGGCAUAUCGAGUCUAUUAUAUGAAGACAACAGAGGAAGAUUCAGAUUAUCUGGUUGAUCACUCCAUAGUCAUGUACUUGAUGGGUCCUAACAUGGACUAUGUCAAGUUCUUUGGGAAGAAUAAUGACGUGGAUUCACUCACUGAUGGCGUUAUUAAAGAGAUAAAGCAAUACAAAUCCAAAAAGUAGAAGAAUAUGCUUGGUUUUUAGAGGUGCCUUUUCCUGCUAAAAUGCCUCUUAUAUAUGCUCAACGCUGUGACGUUUCUUCUUGCUGGAAGCAAUUACAAUUUUAUUCCCAUUAUUUAAUAUUUUUCCUGAGAGAUGAAAGUGCUGCUCUGAUAAUCGUUUCCUCGGUGUCCUAAUUUUAGAAAACCUUAACUGAUUUAUUGUGUUUUUCCUCCGACAUCAAUGGAAAGACAGCUGCAGAAGAGAAAAGAUUUACAGGAUAA